AUGAACACAAUUCCCACUAAAGGUACAUCUGUAAAUGCCAACAAAAGCAAGGAUGAUGAGAUCAGGUUCUUCUUUAAUGAGCCAAAUGAACAAACCGAUUACUUUGAUUCGUCAAGAUAUGCAAAUGAUAGGACUUUGGACUUUACAAUCUUCUUAAAUGAUGCUAGCAACACAUUAAACUCUUCAGAAGUAACCAACUAUCUUCUUCCAGAAAUAUUUGAGUGUGAACAAAAGGCUUCAGCCAAGAAGGAAGAUGAUUUAGAAAUCAGCUCUCAGAAAGCAGAUGAAGCUGAGGAAGUUGUCAUCGUAGAAACCAAAAGGAAGAUUAAUGACGAGAAAGAUGAAGAUACAUACGAGCAAGCAUCAAUAGAUGUAAAAGGUGCUCAGACUCUUCCAUCCCUCAAGAUUGAAGAUGAGCAAGAAGCUUGGGAUAAUAUUAUGAGAUCGAGAACUAGGAGAAGUCAUGAUAAAAGCAAGCAAAAUUAUGUACGUCACAGUAAUUUAAAAGAUCAAACUAUUAAGAAAAGAUGGGGACUAAAACAAGAUAAGAACCUUUGCAAGAUCAUUAAAGAUUUGUCCAAAGAAGGGAAAAUUGAUCUACAACAGAUACUUAAGCUAAAGCCAAUAUAUGAAGCUUAUCAGAGCUCAGAUGUUGAGCUUCUUGCAGACAUUUUGGAAUGGAAGAAUCCUUUAAGAACCCUAGUUACAAGAAUCCAGAAAAUUUACUCCAGAGGUUACAGCAAACGUGAAAUCAAAAGACUCAAGAAGAACCUCAAGAACCUUCAGGGCCAAGCAGACAUUGACUACGACGAACUGAUCUACGACUUUCCUGGCAAGACCAUGGAGGAGUUCGUGGCCAUAUGCAAAGACUUGACCAGAUGAAUCUGGGACAAGACGCUCAGCAAGUUUGAGUUGGCUGAGAGGACUUAAU